UAGCAUAAAGGCUUUGUUAGCUUAGCUCCUUUAGACUUCACUAACAUGUACAGCUAGCAUGUGCCGUGCCAUCCAUUCCCAAAGAUCGUCAUGGCGAAAGAUGGACACAACGUUUAGCAGUGCCAAGUGCCACGUGCUAGUCCAGCAUCUUACUUACGUUUGAUGAAAAAAGCCUUGAAGAUGAUGCUGAUGAAGGUGCUGAUGGUGCUGAGGAGAGUCGACAUGACUUGAAUGUCGAGUAGAUGCCGAUGAGGAUGGACCUCCCACUCCCCUCUCAUCGAGGUGGGGAGGGGGCAUCAUUGCAUGUUUUUACACCACACGACAUGUAUGUGUGCAGACUUUAGGGACAUCUUGUCAACACGGAAUUGAAUGAUACUGUACACUAUAAGGUAUCUAUAUCUAUAUCUAUAUAAAUGAUGUUGUUUUGUUGUGAUAUACAGUAUGUGGAUGUUACGACAGCAAUGUUCCAUCCAGCUUGUUUAUCAGCAGGAGGAAUGUUAUGACAUAAUGAUCAUACGUACCCAAUUACCCAAGCCUUGUUUACUGUCUACACUUUCUACAGUGUACUACAGUACACUAGCGUGUACUACUGUCCUGUGGGCUACAUACUGUACAGUAGAGUAGCAGCAAGUACAAAGUCGUGUCGACUGCAUUGUAUUGCAGUAGAGUAGUACAUUGGAUUGAGUCAACAGUUGGAGUCUUUGCAAUUCUUGGAAAGGGACAGGCUACGCCCCGCCCACCGCGCCUUCUGAUUGGCUGCCACCCAGUAAACAGCGUCAUAAAUGUUAUGGACGAUUGCAGCAGCAGAAGAAAGCUCCCCGUCCCUCGUGUCACGCGUUCGUAGAUGAUAGAUGCGAUGGACCGUAGAUAUUGUUGAGGAUGACGAGCAGAAUGAGGUUUGUCGGUUCGAUGAUGGUGAAGGCUGCUGCUGUGGCCAACCUUCCCAAGCACGUUGAACAUUUCUCCAAGUUCUCCCCUUCUCCGCUCUCCGUGAAGCAAUUCCUGGAUUUUGGCUCCACCAAUGCAUGUGAGCGCACGUCGUUUGUCUUCCUUCGCCAAGAACUUCCUGUGCGUUUGUCCAACAUCAUGAAGGAGAUCAACCUGCUUCCGGACCGGCUGUUGGCCACGCCCUCUGUGCAACUGGUCCAGAGCUGGUACAUCCAAAGCCUGAUGGAGAUCCUGGACUUUCUGGACAAGAGCCCGGAUGAUCAGAAGACUCUGGAGACCUUUGUAGACGUUUUGGAGGCCAUCAGGAACCGACACAACGAGGUGGUCGCCACCAUGGCCCAGGGGGUCAUCGAGUACAGGGAGACCUUUGGCCAGCCGGACGCUGUCACUGACCACAACAUCCAUUACUUCCUGGACCGCUUCUACACCAGCCGCAUCUCCAUACGAAUGCUCAUCAACCAACACACACUCGUCUUCAAUGGCAACACAAGCCCCGCCCACCUGGGCACCAUUGGCUGCAUUGAUUCCAUGUGUGAUGUGACCGAGGUUGUUCGAGAUGCUUAUGAUAGUGCCAAAUUGAUCUGUGAGCAAUAUUACCUGGGCGCACCUGAGCUGGAGCUGAGGCAGAUGGACGCCAACAACAGCAGGCAGCCCAUCCACAUCUCUUACAUCCCAUCUCACCUGUAUCACAUGCUCUUUGAGCUCUUCAAGAACGCCAUGAGGGCGACCAUUGAGAACCACGAGGCGAGCAGGACCCUCCCGCCCAUCAACGUCAUGGUUGCAGUUGGUGGAGAGGACCUGUCAAUCAAGAUGAGUGACAGAGGAGGCGGAGUUCCCUUCAGCAAGACAGAGCGUCUGUUUAGUUACAUGUACUCCACCGCACCCACCCCACACAUGGGCGACAAACACAGAACGCCUUUGGCUGGUUUUGGUUACGGGCUGCCCAUUUCCCGUCUGUACGCUCGCUACUUCCAAGGAGAUUUGCAUCUUUAUUCCAUGGAGGCUUUCGGCACUGAUGCCAUCAUACACCUGAAGGCAUUGUCGACAGACUCAGUGGAGAGGCUGCCCGUCUUUAACAAAACUGCGCUGCGUCACUACAAGCUGAGCUUGGAAGCGGAUGAUUGGUGCGUUCCCUCCAAGGAACCUCUGGAUCUCACUAGCCAUCGCACGGACAAGUGAAGAUAUGACGCAACACUGCUCUGCUUCACCAUCAAGUGUUCUUGAAAGGGAACCGGGGGGGGCACAACCCAUAGCUUGUCCAUGAACAGUAAGACAGGAGAAGACUCAUCCUAAAUGUCCGGCAGUUCCGUUUUUUGGAAUGCAGCAUCACUUGCGGUGUGCUGUGCUUUGGCGUAGAGGAAGAGAACAUGCUGCACUAAAACACUGCAAGACGCAAACAAAGUCUUUGCAGCGCCGUGCACGUGAAAUCCAACUCACCUUCAAAUGCUUAAACGAGCUCCAGUGCCCUGUUUUAUAUAUAAGUACACAUACCGUAUACUACAGAUGCACAAUAUGUUCUUACUGAGAACUUCCGGCUUCCCAGGACCAGUAUGAUAGCGAUAACGUUUUUACAUCCACUUCUUACUAUGUACUUGGAAGUGUAGUUUGUGCACACCUGGAAGUAAGAAAGACUGGAACAAAUUAGUCCUGUUGAUUAGUCCUAAUGAAAUACGAUGACAUCACUACCAGGAGAACCAGAGUAUAGAGGGGGAGGAGCCACCUGCUGUGGCCCAGCAAGGUGCACUGUAUUGGGACGCACGCUCCGAGCAGCCGUUGCGAUGCCACAGAGGUCUCUGGCAAACCUUUUGCACUUUUCAAAUGCUGCAGAAACCCCAGGUGUCGUAGCCAUGUGGCGUUUCAGGUGGCUGUUUUUUGUGUUUUUUUGAUGGGGUUUUCCCCUUAUCACGGAGCAUUUGGUACAACUAGCGUUCAAAAUGUCUUCCUGGCAAAGUUGGUGUUUGUUUCCAAGUGAGCUCGGGAAGUUACGACAGGCUGUUAAUGUCACGGGCAGGAGAAAAAAGAUGCGCUUGAUUUGCAAUCUCACCUCAUUCUAUGCCGCUUCUCCUCAUUAGGGUCGCGGGGGCAUGCUGGAGCCUAUCCCAGCUGACUUCGAGUGACAGGCUGGGUACACCCUGGACUGGUGGCCAGCCGAUGGCAGGGAUUUAUUGCGAUGAUGUCAUAUUGGAUAAAGUUUGACUGACAGCUGCUUGAGUUUUACUUCAACACUCACAAGUUGUUGUUUUCUUGUUUAUUUCCAAUUUCUUGAAAAUAAGUUCAAAUAUACUUGAAAAGCUGUAAGUAUUACAGUAAUAAACUAUGGAGUACAGUAAUACAGUAUACGGUACAGUAAUACAGUGUGGAGUACAGUAAUACAGUAUACAGUACAGUAAUACAGUAUGUUUGAAAAUAUUGAAUACUAAAUCAGCACGAUCAAGUACACAUUUCAUCCACUGUAGAUGAGUGCUUGUGUUAUAUUUUGUUGUAUUUUGUUAUAUAGUAUAUUUCACAUUUCUAUUUUUCUACAAAAACAGAUGAAGAAAUCAAGUGUUGAUAUGUGAUGAACGUGUUCUUGCAUGACAGCAGUUGCCUGCUCGGUGCAGUCCAACCAACCACUUAACACUGGCUGGGGGUGUGCGUGUGUGUGUGUUGGUCCAUGAAAAGUGUGUAAGAGGGGAAGCAAUAAAGAUAAAAGUCUGACAAACCAAAGGUUAUCAGUUAUGUAAGAAAAAGAUGCGGUGGUUGACCUGAAGUGUCCCCUUGUGGGACUAAUAAGGCGUUUCUUAUCUUAUCUUGACCUCAGGUGGCGCAUUAGCGCCAUGGCGGUGCUUUGCCGAGGCUGAGGUCGCUAUGCAGCGUGUGUACAUCGAGACUUCAGUCAGGAACUUUCUCUUGGCCAAGCUGACAAAUACGAAAGUUGUAAAAAAGGUUCAUUGUUUCUCGUGGAAAAUGUGCAAUUUUUUUACAAGCAAAUAGAAGUCCAUCAUUUCCAUGUUCAUGUUGGAAUGCCUUGGAUGGCUGGUGGAAGAACUCAUGAUCGUAGAGACACCGUAGACAGACAGCAACUCAUAGGAUUUGUGGAUGGAGGCAAGAGCAGUCAUUGACUUGUUGAUGACGUGAGCGGAGUGUGGUGUCCUGUCAGGACUUUGUCCAGGUCAGCUUGCUGCAGGUCAUGUGAUACAGUAUGUUACAUAAACUAAACCAAACAAUCAUUUUUACAAUAAAUCAAUACAAUUGAUGAGUCUAUUGAAAUAUUCACAGUGUCUCUUAAAGCAGGGAUUCCCAACCAGUGGUACGCGUACCCCUAGUGGUACAGUAUGUGAGCAUAUUGGAGGGUGUACGUGGAAACAUUUCACUUCCAAGACGAUAAGUAAAUAUUAAACCAGACAAUAAAAUGGAACGUGUGCGCUAGGGCUAGUUUCCCUGGGGAGACAAUAACCUGUGGCACAGCUGCACCAAAAUCAUAACAGUUGUGUUUCAUUCUAUACGUGUGGAGAAUUAUCAACACGUGUGAGUGAGGGGGUACUCAUGGUACAACAAAAAACCUCUGGGGGUAGACAAAAAGGGUUGGAAAGGCACCAUCAACACAUUAAAAAAUGUUUCUAUGGCGUGAGAACAUCAGAAGUCAUCGGUACUGUUGCUGUGAAACGUGUUCACGCUAGCAACAUCAUAACGCCACACAUUUACACAGGGCCUUCUAUGUGUUGCUAACCCCAGGCCCGCCAUUUGACACCAACUUGUUGGCUUUUGUGCUUUUCAAAUGAUUUUAACCUGGCCAGUGUGCAAACCAUACAGAAAUGCUAACAAUACUAACAGCUAGCAUGCUGGCAACCUGCAUGGUACCUUGUGAUAACAUGGGAACAUAUCUUGCUAAAGUGCUAAAUGUCAAUGUGGUAUGCAAAAUGCUAAAAUACAAAAGUGCAUGGCUCAGAUGAAGGGUACCCAAGUGUUACAUUUUGGGUAAAAUGUCAAACUGGUGGAUAGACCUUGGUAAUGUUAUCAACACAAACUUCAAACAUUGCAAAACACACACCCAACAUACCAGAGCUGGAGACAUCUUCCAUUUCUCAUAGCAACCCUCCCAAGUUCACUCUUUCUUAAAUGUAAAGUACAUAACUCGGUGGCCACUUUAUGCUGUUAUCUCUGCAUAGAUUUGACUUUUGUUAGAAAAGUAACUUAUAUUUGAGAGAGUAUCAUAAAGUAAAUAAAAACAAGUGACAAAUCUAGAUCUUGAGUUAAAGCUCUGAAAAUAUGGCAAAGAAAAAUGUUCCUUCAGUCCUUACCAUGCCAUUGUUGUAUCAGUACAAAGACUACAAAUCCCAUCAGCCGUUCUUAAGACUGUAAUGACAUCAACUUUGACUCAUCAACUCCACAAUUUAAGCUAAUCAUUGCAGCACUGUGGCAACAUGAGCCAGGAUUCAGUGAAAUGCACUGAGUGAGUGGUUCUUGAAUUAUCAUGCUAAAGACCUAAAAUUACAAGGCCAUCUUUGACCUCCCAUGAGGAACACGCCGAUCGCUUCCGGGUUAAAUACGGAGCAAUUUAUCAACGAACACGCUAGAAUUUAUUUGGUUCGGAUAAAUGUCAACGACAUAUAAUAUGACGGAUAAAAGUAAGUAAAAUCCGACCAGUAAUGAUCAAUCAAUCAAUCAAUCAAAGUUUAUUUAUAUAGCGCUUUACAAUAGCCCACAGGCUCCCAAAGUGCUUUACAAUAAGCCGAUACAUAAAACAUGUACACAAAGUAAACACACAAUAAAAACUCUAUAAGAAAAUGCUUCAGUGCUGCAGAGUGCUAAAAGCCUUUAAAAGUACAUAAAAUGGGAGUCAACAAGAACUAAAUAUGCAUAAAAUGAAAAUAAAUACAAGACCGCCCUAGUUGGGGUUGAACGCCUGUCUAAAUAAAUGAGUUUUCAAUUUCGAUUUAAAAAGGCCGACUUCAGUAGUGGUGCGAAUAUCAGUGGGCAGUUUGUUCCACAGUCUGGGAGCAGCGACGGUGAAACAGCGUUUGCCCCACUGUUUGUAUUUUGCCCGUGGGACUUCUAACAGAAGCUGUCCCAAGGAACGCAGGGCCCUGCCGUGAUUGCGGAUAGUUAAAAGCUCCGACAGGUACGACGGAGCAAGGCCGUUAAUGGCAUUAAAAACAAAUACUAAAAUUUUAAAAUCGAUUCUAAAACAAACUGGAAGCCAGUGGAGUGAUGACAGCACCGGGGUGAUGUGCCUACGUCUGGGCAUGUUUGUUAAAAACCGGGCAGCAGCGUUCUGGACCAGCUGCAGAUGCGAAAAUGAGGUCUGGCUCAGGCCAACGUAAAGUGCGUUGCAGUAGUCCAGUCUUGUGCUGAUGAAAGCAUGGAUCGCUUUCUCAAGAUCCUGCUGACCUAAAAAAGGCUUCACUUUAGCCAGAAGACGGAGCUGAAAGAAGCUCGUCCUAAUGACAGAGCUAAUCUGUUUGUGGAAUUUGAGUCCACUAUCGAAUAUGACCCCAAGAUUUUUGACAUCAGGUUUAAAAAAGGGGGCCAGAGAGCCGAAGUUCGCUGCAACAGUGUGCAAUAUUGGUGACAUACCAAAUAAAAUACACUCUGUUUUGCUGUCAUUUAAAUGUAAAAAGUUCCGAUCCAGCCACUGCUUUACAUCGGUAAUACAAUCGAGCAGUCUAGUGGGAGCAGUAUUGUCAGUGGGUCUAAUAGGCAGAUAUAUCUGCAGGUCAUCAGCAUAGAGAUGAAAAGACAAAUUGUGUCUUUCCAAAAUUGAACCCAGGGGUAAUAAAUACAGAGAAAACAGAACAGGGCCAAGGAUGGAUCCCUGUGGCACCCCGCACGAGAGGGACACAUGGGAGGAGCAGAGGUCACCGAUCAUAACGGAGAAGCUCCUAUUAGCCAGGUAUGACCUAAACCACUGGAGAGCAAUGCCUUGGAUACCGACACAGCGCUCUAGGCGGGAUACAAGGACUGCAUGGUCAACUGUAUCAAAGUCCGCUGUGAGGUCCAGCAGCACCAACACAGCAGGAUUCCCAGCAUCAACAGACAGGGCAAUGUCAUUGUGCACCUUUAACAGCGCCGACUCAGUGCUAUGUCAGGAUCUAAAACCAGACUGGAAUUUAUCAAGAACAGAAUUCAUCUCUAGGAAAGUUUGUAACUGAGUAAAAACAACUUUUUCUAAAACCUUUGAAAGAAAGGGCAAGUGUGAGACAGGCCUAAAAUUGGACAGCACAGAGGGGUCGAGAUGAGGUUUUUUUAGGAGGGGUCUAACCACAGCAUGUUUGAAGGCAGCUGGGACAGAUCCUAAGUUAAGACAGGUGUUUAUAAAAACAAGCAAACUUGACCCAACAGAAUUAAAAACCUCUUUUGAAAACUUGGCUGGGAUGACAUCUAGGGGACAGUUAGUGGGUUUCAUGCCACUAACCACCUUGGUGAGAGACACCAGAGAAAUGGUCUCAAACCGCUCAAAAACGGCAGUCUGUGCAAGAGGAACAUGUACAUCCUCAGAAGACAUCCCUGAGCUGCUGAUGUUCUGCCUGAUAGAUGUCACUUGGUCAGAGAACAAUGAGACAAACUCUUCACAUGUUGUAGUGGUGGCAUCAGACAGAAAAGUGGGGCGUGGAUUAAUAACAGAGUCAAUGGUUUUAAAUAAGAGUCUUGGUAGGUGAGAGCUGUUGGUUAUAAUGGAGGACAGAUAUUUGGACUUGGCCUCCUUCAGGGCUCUCUGAUAGGUGGCCAAUCUGUCCCUCAACCAACCCAGGGAAACAUGCAAUCUGUCUUUUUUCCACCGCCGUUCAGCCUGUCUACAUUGUUGUCUGAGCAGCCGGGUGUGGUCAUUCAACCAGGGAUCAGACUUGGUUUUAGUGUUUUUUUUGCCAAAAAGGGGCAACAGAGUCCAGAAUCUCAGUACACGUAGAAUGGUAGGCUGUCUGGACAGAGAGGAGGAACCAGCCUAGUGACAGUAUGUAGCUGAGAGUCCCUGAAGGCAGCAGCAAACUCUCCAGCUGUUAAUGGACUGAAGAUGCGGCGUCUGAGGGCUGAAGAAACAGGCUUAUUGGCAGGUGGGGGGGCAGCAAAGUCAAAGAUAAUGGGGAGGUGAUCAGAUAUAGCUGUGUCUACAAUUUCUCUGAGGGAAACAGAAAGCCCACGAGAGACGACUAGGUCCAGAGUGUGGCCAAGGUCAUGUGUUGGUGCAUUAACAGACUGAGUGAGGCCAAAGGAGUCCAAAAGCUGUUUAAACUCAUUAGCCAUUUGGUUUGUUGCACAACAAAUAUAAUAUGAAUAUGAAUAUGAAUAUGAAUAUUAAAGUCCCCACAGAUCAACAGACUAUCAAACUUUGGGAUAAAAUCAGACAGAAAUUCAGAAAAUUCCUGUAAAAAGUCCUUAUGAUGAUUAAUGAUGAAUAAUUUUGCCUACUGCUUGCUCCGGGGUGGGGCGG